AUGAUUUCACAGGUGGCAUGCGUGCCGCGCAUUUGCCAAUCAUGCCGGCAGGGCCUCCUACUUCGCCGGAACCCAACCUUCAGCGCCGCCCGUUUCUUCCACCCCGACACCGUACUCCAGCGACGCGGAAAUGACUCCUCUGUUGUUCAGAGUAAAGCCAGGAUAGAGGCCCUCAUUUCAGGGAAGCCUUGGGAGGAGGACAAGCCUUCUCGGGGCAGGAAGCGACAAAAUACGCCCAAGUCUCGGAGAAUACGAGACGACGAAUUGCCGGACUGGGGACUCUCUUCAGAGCAGAAGAAGCCUGCUAGCGAGCAGAAGAAGCCUUCUGGCGAGAAGAAAAAACCCUCUGGCGAGAAGAAAAAACCUGCUGGUGAGAAGAAAAAACCUGCUGGCGAGAAGAAAAGACCUUCUGGCGAGAAGCAAAAGGCUUCCAGGGACCGGGAUGGCGAGAUAUCUACCUCGAGAUCGAAUAUCCACAGUCAAUUAUAUGAUCUGAGGCCAACCCUUGGUCGCUCAAAGAACUUGAAAUCGUGGAGGGAAGCCGCUUCCAAGGGUUCAUCGAAUGUUGAAAAACAUCGAAUAUCCAGAGGCAAGAGUACAACAAACCAUGAAGAAAAUCGGGCUUCCGAGAUUAGGGAGGUCAUAACAGGCACCAAAGAAUAUGAGGAUUCCGAAAGCAAUGACAAAACUACUCCCACGGCUACAGAAUCCCUCGAAGACGACCGACCCUCCAACAACGAAAUAGUCCUUGGUCAUGCACUGGGUUCUUUGGGCGCUAGCCCUGAGGAUGUAUCUAGCAACAGUCUGGGGUUCACACCUGAGAGCAUCAGCAUCACUGAAGCUGAAACUUUCAAUGCUGAAGCCGUAUCCACGGCGCAAGCAGGGGAUGACAGCACAAUCGCCGAGACAGGUGAAGGGUCUGCUGAUUUAGAGGAGCCUAGGAGUCAUGCCAAGCGGGAAUUCAAACAUCAGCUUCUACAGAAACACAGUAUCAGCAUAGCCGCUCUUGGGGAAGACAUAAGCGCUCUAAUACUCCCGAAUCCAGACAAACUCAAGCGGAAAACCAACCCUGUCGUAUCGCUCCCUCGGGACAGAAGAGCUCUCGGGUCGGAAUUAGAUUGGACAAGCCUUCUAGAUGAUGCAGAUGCCUUGGACGACAUUUCCGCUCAAGUGAGAAGGAACAUCGAGGAAUUUCGACCAAAAGACUCGGGUGUGAUGAAAGCAAAGGACGUCAAUAAAAUAAUACGGGCUCUUGUUAACGGAUUCACAAAAGAACAACUGACCGCAUAUUUCCGUCAAACUUUGGAAAUCAGCAACAGAGCGACGGACGAAACGCCAAAAUACCCCUGGCUCGUCAAGGAAACUGCAUGGGUUCCUUCAAACCCUGAACUACUGGGCCCAUUUUCACCGAAGCAGAAAGUUGCCUACUUGAUUCUGAAAGACGCUUGGGCGCUCGACAUACAGGAACAAAUCGAGGGCCUGGGUGCUAUGUUUGUGACUCUUCGGCCAGAUGUUUUUGAGCUCAUUUCUAAUUCAUCUACUGGCGCUCUGAAGUCUCUUCAAUCCGAUAUUUUGGAUGAGGAGAGCAAUGAAGAGAUUAUAGCAAACGAGAAGAAGCAUGAACUUGGUAUUUACGCUCGCAAAGCUUCUGUUCGCACCAUCUUGUCGCGAAUUGACGAGGCCGUGGCAUCGAUGCGGAUACAGGAGCUUUCUGUCAAAGGGGUCGACUCUCUUGAUUUACAAAAAGAUGUCUUGGCCAGACUCUCCAGUAUUACCAAAACCUCCAUUCAAUAUCAUAAAGAGGACUCGAUAUUGAAGGUUAGGUGGUUGGACCAACAUAGUCCAGCUGCAAACACGAAACCAGCCACUAGCGCACCAAGUCUACAAGUCGAAAGUCCUCCAGACGUCGUACUUAGACUCUUACUACAGGAUCGUUAUAUUCGAGAUGGUUUCAAGUCGAUGUCAGAUUACUGCACGCUUCCUCCUUCAAAAACGGGCAUGUUCCUGCCUCAUGGGCGCGAGGUGCGAAGCUUGUCUUGGAGAAAUAAGAUGAGAACCUGGUCUCGAUAUGUCAUGCCUGUAGGCAAAGCAUCUCCGAAAAAUUCAACACAACUUAAGCUGUCCAGUAGCAAGCGUCUUCUGCGCAAAACAUCAAAGCUGAAGACGGAUGGAGCCCAGGUUCGGUUUGCUGCAACAUUUGGCCAUGUCUUACAUUCGGACGCAGCGCCUUCGUCUUCAAGAAAGAGAACUGCCGGACACCGCGUGCUUCUUCCAGUGCUGCCACACCCAGCUGCCUUCACAAGAUUAAUCGGAAAGGGAAAGUCGAACCCCCCCCUCUCGAAAAGCAGUUCUAUCGUCCUCAAUUUCAUACCAACCCAGCAUAACAGCAAAGCACCAGAAGUUCGGCUUUCUCUUCCAGUCAAUGCCGAUGACAACUUUUCUGACUUCACAAUGUCUGAUGAGUCCAAGCUCUCUGCUAUCUCUCCUAUCCACCAGCAAGACUUCUUAUGCCCAAGAGAGAGUGUCGACGUGCGUGUAACUCAACAAAGCGAGUUACCAUUAGAAAUGGCGGAACAAUCUCAUAUUCGGGAAUUCUUCCGCGCCUCGGAGUUCAACCUCGUAGAAGGUCGGCUUCGUACCCCAAGUCAUACACAAAUAUCCUUACCCGCACAAUUGCUACCUGAGCCAUCAAAAGAUACGCAGACUCCCUCUGAGGUGGCAUAUACUUUUGCAGGACUCGAAAUCCAUCAGACUAUGGACCUCGAGUGGCACGACUACAUCCUCAGGUACAACAGUAUCGAGGCGGGUCAACAUGGAGGCACUCGCCAAGAGCUUUCUCUUCAAGCCGUUCAAGACCCCAACGGGCCCUCGAAUGCAGUCCAUCGGUCGCGGUUCCUUCACACCGUGGGUGGGAUUGUGACAGGCAGGUUCUUCUCUUGGGCCGAGGGCUACAAAGCGAUUCGCAAACUUCCCGAAGAGCAUGAGCUCGGCAACGAGCAAAAUCAGAAUUAUAACGAUCUAGAGGGCUUGAAGGUCGACACUCCCGAUUUCCAUCUAGACGACACCUGGUCUCAUGCUGCGGAUGAGAGUCAUGUCCACUCUGUGGAAUCCACCUCCAUAUAUGAGCAGUGCGAUAGAACGCUCGAGAGUGGGGAGGAGCUGUCUCUUAUCGCUCGACAAGCUUUGAGCGGCGAGGAGGGAUUGCAAUCGACACGGUAUACGGAUCAAGGUGAAGAUGCGAUUCAGGCAGGCGAAAGGCUUGUAACCUUGAUCGAAGAAUCUCUAGCCCAAGAAUCAACUCCGUUAGAGGGUGGCAACAUUACCUCUAAUGCUCAUCCCGCAUCUAUAUCCGCGAUUGAUGAGGCCGAGGAUGUGCUACGAACAACAGAACAGCUUACCACAACCAUCGAAGAGGCUCUAGAAAAACAAAAAAGCCGUGAAGGUGUGGAAGCUUUGGCCCAAGGGGUAGCUCCGUCAGAGGGCAGCACCAUCCCCUCUGAUGAUGAUCUUGCAUCUAUCCCGGGGGCGAGGAAACUAGGCCAAGAGACAGUUCCGCUAGAGAGUGACAGCAUUACUUCUGAUGAUCUUAUACCUAGUUCCACGCUUGAUGAGGCUGAGAAUGGAUUACGAACAGCAGAGCAGCUCGCCACAAUGGCCGAAGAGGCUGUAAGGAAAACAGAAGAGUCAUGA